AUGGAACUGGAGCAUUUUGAGGAGCGGGACAAAGCGCAACGACACAGCCGAGGCAGUGCCAGGAUGAACGGGGUGCCGAGUCCCACGCACAGCGCCCACUGCAGCCUGUACCGGACCCGGACCCUUAAGACUAUCGCCGAGGAGAAAAGGGCAAAGAAGGUCCGCUUCUAUCGCAACGGAGACCGCUAUUUCAACGGCAUAGUUUACGCCAUCUCCAUGGACAGGUUCCGGACCUUCGACGCGCUUUUAGCUGACCUUACUCGUUCCCUGUCCGACAAAGUGAACCUGCCCCAGGGAGUCCGCACCAUUUACUCCCUGGACGGCGUUAAAAAGAUAAGCACCGUCGACAUGUUAGUAGAAGGGGAUAGCUACGUGUGCAGCUCCGUCGAGGCCUACAAGAAGCUGGACUACUCCAAAAACGUCAACCCCAACUGGUCGGUCAACGUCAAGGCCUCGGCCACGGCCUCCCGGGGCCCGCCCUCGCUGGGCAGUGCCAAGACGGGGGCCCCUGAGAGCCGGGAGAUCAAGGACUUCAUCCGGCCCAAGCUGGUGACGGUGGUGAGGAGCGGCGUGAAGCCGCGCAAGGCCGUGAGGGUGCUGCUCAACAAGAAGACGGCGCACUCGUACGAGCAGGUGCUCACCGACAUCACAGACGCCAUCAAGCUGGACUCGGGCGUGGUGAAGAAGAUCUACACCCAGGAGGGCAAGCAGCUCAGACUGCGUCCUCGAGCCGUCAGUCCCUCCCCCUCCAGCUGA